UUCAGAAUCACAAUUAAGAAUGGGUGCUUUUGCUACACUUCAUGGCCUAAAUGACACUCUCUUUCGAUCUCAAUUCCUAGGCCAACAUCACCACCUCACUCCUCACUUCUCUCUCAAACGACCACCUUGGACACAACAUCAUAGAAAACCAACUUUUGAAGUCCUAAAACCAUGUGCCAAGUUCAACAUAUUGGAAAUGAUGGGAGGGAGAGGACUAUGCAAUGGAGAAAAGGGUCUUCAACAAGAGCUGGAAAGGCAAAUAGUUGUUGAUGACAAGCCUCAGCAGUCAUCAUCAAGUAGUAGUAAUGAUCAAGAUAGCGAUGGAAGUGUUGGUGUUCCAGAAGAUGCUUUUGAGAAAGAAAUGAUGGGUCUAACUGGGGGGUUUCCUGGGGGUGAAAAAGGCUUGAUAAAGUUCAUAGAGAAAAACCCACCUCCAAAACCACAAAAUGUUCUCACCCAUUCACUUUGA